AUGUCAAUCCAUCGUGGUCCAGGUGAAGGUUCACUGGGAUUGGGUUAUCAUUAUACUGAGAAUCAUAUGAAAAAUGAGAAAUUCGAUGAGAUUGAUUGGCAACCUAUUUGGUUACACUGGUUAAAUCUCAUUCGAUUCAUCACAAUGAAUGAGAAACAGCUGUACAAUCUAUGUAAUCUAGAGUCUUUGGAGGCUUCAACUCAUCUACAAGACAAUAACAAUUCUUCAAUACAUCUAAAUAAUAGUGGUAUUCACUUGCCGCAAACAUCAAUUACAAACUUACCAUUUCCAUCACUUAAUUUAGUCCUACCACCAAGUGGUGUUGGUUUGGAGCGUGUUUUAAAUUUACUUUAUUGGUUCUGCCCGGAAGCUAAACAGCUUAUGUCUAGUGGUAGUAAUCGGCUGAACAAUUCACGACGUGCAAUAGUUCAAUUUUCCGCACAAGGUAUUUUUGAAUUGUCGAUUGUUUUAGAGAAGAUACGUUUGAAAAACUGUGGAUUACCACCCCUGUAUCAUCCAUUACCUCGAUAUGCAUUACAUUUCACUGAGUCAUCAUCAGUUUUAAACUUUUUAGAUCCCUUACCACUGUUAUCAACUCCUAAACUUCUGUUGGGUCUUCUAAUGGGUUUAGAAGCUGUAUGGGCUUCACCGCUUGCACCAAGAAUUUCUAUACCGAAAGCAAUCAACUUUUUAACCAAGUUGGAUGACGGUGCUUAUGUGGAACAAGCAUUUCCUGUUCUUGGUGCUUCAGAAGUUUGUAAAGCACAUGCUCGUAAAAUAGCUGUUGAUUAUGCCUAUCGUAGAGUGGAUACAAAUUCAGCUGUAUUCCAGUUUACGUGUAAUCUGUUAUUAUCCCUUAUGGAAGUGUGCUGCACUCAAGAUUGUAUUGAAAAACAACAGCAAAGGGAAAGGCACAAAAGCAUAAAAUCAGAGUCAUUGCCUACAGAGUUACCCUUUAAAGGAUAUAACCUGAAGUACAGUACAUUACAACCAGCACCAUUAGACCGUUUACUCCACUGUCUUACACCAAGAGAGCUAGCUAUUCUCUUAUCAGAUAUUCGUCGAAACUUACGUCUUCGUAUGGGAUUCUAUUACAUUAAGCAGCGUAAAGCUAUAGAGACCAUAUAUCCUGAAAAUAACGGUAGUGAUAAUAAUAAUGGUGGGGAUCAACUUCCAUUGGUUAUGAUGUUAAAUCCCCUCCCACCCACCCCAGCAUUUAUUACACCAGGUUUAAUUGUUGCAUUGAUUCAAGCACAUCUUAUGGAAGAGGAUAUUGCCGGCUGUUUAGGUGAAUUAUUGCAGUCUAUGGAAGUGUUAACCCAAUACACAAAUAAUCAACAAGCAGAUGGAUCUUCAUGUACUAGUGUCGGUGGUAGACGUCGUGGUGCUUCAAGUAUUGGUAAGUCAACAGUUGGGAAUAAACAUCUGAGUUCCGAUUCCAUGGAGACUGGUGACAAUGUUGGUGACGAUAAAGAUGAAGAUGAAGAUACUAUAGUUGAAGAAAUUAGUGUGAACGGGGAGCAGUAUAUAGUUAUAAAGUGA